CCGCUCGCCUACACGCGCUCAUCCGCCACCGCCAUGUCCUCGCCCACCUCUCAGACAACCAUCAGCCCACACAACCAGCAGCCUCUUGUCACACGCACGUAUCCAUCUGAGGCCGAGCUGAACGAUGUCAUCGAACACUCCGAGGCCGCCCAGAAGCAAUGGGCUCGUGUGCCCCUCAAGGAGAGGAUCACUAUUGCUGCGAAGUUCAUGGACGAGUUCAAGGCCAUGAGUGAUGUAGUCACCAAGGAGCUCACUGCCCAGAUGGGCCGACCCAUCGGCCAGAAUCCUGGAGAAAUUCGUGGCACGCUUGAGCGCGCCGCCUACAUGCUUUCUAUCGCCGAGUCCAGCCUUGCCGACGUCUCUCUAGUGAACACGGAUAAGCCUGGCUUCAGGCGGUACAUCAAGCGUGUACCCAUGGGUGUCGUUCUCGUUAUCGCUCCAUGGAACUACCCCUACCUUACCUCCAUCAACUCCGUCCUCCCUGCCCUCGUCGCCGGCAACUCCGUCAUCCUCAAGCCCUCGCCCCAGACCCCGCUCACUGCCGAGCGCUUCGCGGAAGCCUGGACACGCGCCGGUCUCCCACAGGGCCUCCUACAGGUGGCGCACCUCUCGCCAGAGCUCACCGCGUUUGCGGUGACGCAUCCGAAAGUCGACUUCGUUAGUUUCACGGGGAGCGUAGUUGGUGGGAAGGCGGUCGCGCAGGCUGCGGCGGGCGCGGGAUUCAAAGGUGUUGGUCUUGAGCUUGGCGGUAAGGAUCCGGCGUACGUUCGCGCAGAUGCGAAGCUCGACUACACUGUUGCUGAGCUGGUAGACGGUGCGAUGUUCAACUCUGGCCAGUCAUGCUGUGCCAUCGAGCGGAUCUAUGUACAUGCAUCCAUCCACGAACCAUUUGUCGCCAAGUUCGUCGAGCUCGUCAAGCAAUACAAGCUCGGCGACCCAACGCAGCCAGGGACGAACCUCGGCCCCGUUGUUAGCGUCGCGAGCGCGGAGAAGAUUCGCAAACAGGUUGCGGACGCUGUGAAGGCGGGCGCGAAGGCGCUCAUCCCGGAGGACCUGUUCGCUGCCGCUCAGCCGGGCACGGCGUACGUAGCGCCGCAGGUUCUGGUUGAUGUGGAUCAUACGAUGGGCGUCAUGAUGGAAGAGACCUUCGGCCCUGUCAUCGGAAUCAUGAAGGUAUCCUCUGACGAAGAGGCCAUCAAGCUCAUGAACGACUCCCCUUACGGGCUGACCGCCUCCGUCUGGACCGAUGCCGAGUCCAACCCCGCCUCCGAGGCAGCGUUCCUCAAGAUCGAGGAGGAGCUGUUCACGGGUACUGUUUUCCUGAACAGGUGUGACUCUUUGGACCCGGCGCUGGCGUGGACGGGCGUGAAGAACAGCGGGAGGGGCGUUAGCUUGAGCAAGUUCGGUUAUGACCAGCUCACAAGGGCGAAGAGCGUACAUAUGAAGAUUAAGACGUCGUAAGCAGAGAUAAAGCAUGGGGAGAGGUAGUCAAUGUGAGCAGACCAAUAGCAAUGUAUCGACGUAGAUAUAAACUGUAUCCAGAUUGUUCUUGUGUUGCAUUC